CUCCCACUCCCCCUACCCCGCAUUUUUACGCAAGUCCACAUUCAACAGGUGGGAUCUCGAUGAGUAUAUAAAGAGAGAGCAAACAUGAUAAGAGUAUAUCUCAACACCGUGUUCGAGUAUAAGACAUCUACCAAAAUGUUUAAGCUUGCCGUUGUCGCUGCUGUUCUCGCCGUCGCUUGUGCGGCUCCUUACUACCCAGCCUAUGGCCGGGCCUACGCACCAGCACCAGCAUAUAGCGCACCAUCUUACGGAUAUGCUGCACCAGCCUACGACUACGCUGUCCCAACCCCCUACGACUUUGGCUAUGACAUCGCUGGUGACUAUGGUGAAUUCAGACAAUCCCGAAAAGAAUCCAGCGACGGCAAGGGCAAUGUCCAGGGAAGCUAUGGAUACACCGAUGCUCAUGGUAUCUACAGGCAGGUAGACUACGUUGCUGACGCUUACGGUUUCCGCGCAAACGUCAAGACCAACGAACCUGGAACUGACAACCAGAACCCCGCUGAUGUCAACAUCCAAGCCAGCCCUGCCCACUACCAAGCCCCUGCCCCUCACUAUGGUGGAUACCCCCGAUACUAGAUUGGAAUGUUUACGGUUAAAGGUUUUUUCCGAUUUAACUUAUGUUCAUUAUAACACUCUUGCAAGCACUGCAGGGAUCCAGAAAACGCAUGGUACAGGGAUUCGCCGAGCAUUAAACCAGUCCGCCACGACACGGGAAAAUGGAAGGAAAACCAAACCCUCUCCUUUCGCCUCCAAGAAGCCACAUUCUGUCAUUUUAUGUGUCUCAUAGUUAUUUAUUUAUUGUCUCCUUUCUUGUCUGAUACACGAGUAUCAUGCUCUGUGGGUUCUGCAUGCCUUGCCGGACAUCAAACGUGUACCCUCCGGCCGGUUAUAUUAUGUAUAUAGAUAGAAUUAUUCUAAUAUGUACGGUCGGUGUGUCUUUCCUUGUAUAGAACAGUAUUGCCAAACGCUCAAAUAAAGCAUUUUCUUAU